AGAGAAAGAGAGAGAGAGAGAGAGAGUUUUAUUGCAAAAGGGCUAAUCAAUCAGCUUCUUCUCUUCCGAGUCUGACAACCAAGAUAAUGGCCGAGUUGACCCAGGGCGAGGUGGUCUACUCGCCCAAGACUCUUCAAGUCUGGCGAGCUCUGCUCAACUGGCUCGCCUUCUUCUCCCAGAUCUUCUUCCAAAUCCUCCGAGCUCUCGGUCACCACCCCCUCCUCUCUUCUUCCUCCUCCUCUUCCGCUUCUUCCGCCGCCUUCAAAUCCCUGCCCGUCGAGCCGCCGGAGAACGACUCCCCCGCCGCCUCCGCCGUUGAAAUCGCCGACACCCCCGAUUCCGAUGACCCUUUUGAAAAGCUCACGGUAGUUCUGGACCUGGAUGAAACCCUAGUGUGUGCAUAUGAAACAUCCAGCUUGCCGGCUGUAGUUCGAACUCAAGCAACCGAAGGUGGGUUGAAGUGGUUUGAGCUUGAAUGCGUAUCUUCCGACAAGGAAUGUGAUGGAAAACCGAAGGUCAAUUAUGUCACAGUCUUUGAGCGUCCGGGGUUGCAUGACUUCCUAAAACAAGUUAGUCAGUUUGCAGAGCUUGUGUUAUUCACUGCUGGUCUUGAAGGUUAUGCUAGACCACUUGUUGACAGAAUAGAUGUGGAUAAUCUGUUCAGUUAUCGACUUUAUCGGCCUUCAACCACCAGCACGGAAUACCGGGAGCAUGUGAAGGAUCUAUCUGGGCUAUCAAAGGAUAUGCGGCGAAUUGUUAUUGUUGACAACAACCCUUUCAGUUUCUUGUUGCAACCUUUGAAUGGAAUUCCAUGCAUUCCAUUUUCUGCCGGGCAAACACACGACAAACAGCUUUUGGAUGUUCUUCUUCCACUCCUCAAGCAGCUCUCUCUGCAGAAAGAUGUGAGGCCCGCCCUUUACGAAAGGUUUCACAUGCCCGAAUGGUUUCAAAAGCAGGGGAUUCCUUCAACUGCGUGGAAAUAGUAGAUUGUAAGGGAAUUCCCCAUUCUUCUUCCACGCAAUCCUCGGUAGUUAUUUUGUUCAAGCCUCAAGGCAGUGUCUCAUCAACAGACUCCAAGUUUCUGUACAGCAUCUGUGUGCUCACUGCAAUUUGUUGAUACAAAGCUGUGUUUUCGCCAGAGGUCAAGGUGCUGCGUCUCACUAUCACACGAAAACCAUUGAUGUACGUAGAUUUGUUAAGAAAUCUCUGAUUCUUGUGUAACUAUGUCUAUAUGCUUGCACUUCUAUUCAACGUCUGUAAUAUUUUUUAUUUUUUGUGAAAUUGUUGCCAACAAUU